GGUUUCUCCGGUCACUCCUGCCAGGGGAGAAGACAUGUAAACGCGCCUUCAGAGGAGGGGCUGGGGGAGCUGAGAGUGGCGGGGGCGGCGGAAGGUGAGCUGGGGAAGGUGGCCGAGCGCCCCUUCUGCUGGGGCCCUUCCCAGCGCUUCCUUGGGGUGUCAGCCCCAGCCCUGUUUGCCCCCAUUCUACCUCCCUUUUCGAAGGGAUUGCCUUUUUUUUUCCUCUGCGGCGGCGGAAAUGACAGUGUGGUGCUGCCGUGGUGUCAUGGUGCUGCCCCUGGACUGAGGAGCGAAAACUCUUAAGUUUAGCUCGGGAGACCUAGCCGCGGUAGCAUCACGGCGGCCGUGUUGUCCCCUGCGGGGCGCGCGGGCUGGCGGAUCCUGGCUGCCGCGCGGCGGCGGCGACGGGAGCGGGAGCGGCGGCGAAGGCAGGCGGCGGCCUAGAGUGCUGGUGGCGGCGGCGACGGCGGCCCGGGAGCUCGCGCUGGAACCCGAGCCAGCUCGCUGCGGAGGCAGGCGAGCGCCCAGCGCCCUGGGGCGCGCGGAGGAAAUGGCUGGCACCUGGAAAUGCUAUGGGUGAAAGCCCAGCCUCUGUGGUUCUUAAUGCCCCAGCAGAAUUAUUUUCACUAAAGAUGGAAACACUGGAGUCUGAAUUGACCUGUCCAAUCUGCCUAGAGUUGUUUGAAGAUCCCCUUCUCCUCCCUUGUGCUCAUAGCCUCUGCUUCAGCUGUGCCCAUCGCAUCUUGGUCUCAAGCUGCAGCUCUGGUGAAUCCAUUGAACCCAUUACUGCUUUCCAGUGUCCUACCUGCAGGUAUGUUAUCUCACUGAACCACCGGGGCCUGGAAGGACUCAAAAGGAAUGUAACCCUACAGAACAUUAUCGAUCGCUUCCAGAAGGCUUCAGUAAGUGGGCCCAAUUCCCCAAGUGAGAGCCGCCGGGAGAGGACUUAUAGGCCCAGCACCGCCAUGUCUAGUGAGCGAAUUGCUUGCCAAUUCUGUGAGCAGGACCCGCCAAGGGAUGCAGUGAAAACAUGCAUCACCUGUGAGGUCUCCUACUGUGACCGUUGCCUGCGGGCCACACACCCCAACAAGAAACCUUUCACCAGCCACCGCCUGGUAGAACCAGUGCCAGAUACACAUCUUCGAGGGAUCACCUGCCUGGACCAUGAGAAUGAGAAAGUGAACAUGUACUGUGUUUCUGAUGACCAAUUGAUCUGUGCCUUAUGCAAACUGGUGGGUCGUCACCGAGAUCAUCAGGUUGCAUCUCUGAAUGAUCGAUUUGAGAAACUCAAGCAAACUCUGGAGAUGAACCUCACCAACCUGGUUAAGCGCAACAGUGAACUAGAAAAUCAAAUGGCCAAACUAAUACAGAUCUGCCAGCAGGUUGAGGUAAAUACUGCUAUGCAUGAAGCAAAACUUAUGGAAGAAUGUGACGAGUUGGUAGAGAUCAUCCAGCAGAGGAAGCAAAUGAUUGCUGUCAAAAUCAAAGAGACAAAGGUUAUGAAACUGAGAAAGUUGGCACAGCAGGUUGCUAAUUGCCGCCAGUGUCUUGAACGGUCAACAGUCCUGAUCAACCAAGCUGAGCAUAUCCUGAAAGAAAAUGACCAGGCACGGUUUCUACAGUCUGCCAGAAAUAUUGCUGAGAGGGUCGCUAUGGCAACUGCAUCUUCUCAAGUUCUGAUUCCAGACAUCAAUUUUAAUGAUGCCUUUGAAAACUUUGCUUUAGAUUUUUCCAGAGAAAAGAAACUGCUGGAGGGGCUAGAUUAUUUAACAGCCCCAAACCCACCAUCUAUCCGAGAGGAACUCUGUACUGCCUCCCAUGACACCAUUACAGUCCACUGGAUCUCGGAUGAUGAGUUCAGCAUCAGCUCCUAUGAGCUUCAGUACACCAUAUUCACUGGCCAGGCUAACUUCAUCAGUAAGUCAUGGUGUAGUUGGGGCCUGUGGCCAGAGAUAAGGAAAUGUAAGGAAGCAGUAAGCUGCUCAAGAUUGGCCGGGGCGCCACGAGGCCUGUAUAAUUCCGUGGAUAGCUGGAUGAUUGUGCCUAACAUUAAACAGAACCAUUACACAGUGCACGGACUCCAGAGUGGGACGCGCUACAUCUUCAUUGUUAAAGCCAUAAACCAAGCAGGCAGCCGGAACAGUGAACCCACCCGACUAAAAACAAACAGCCAACCCUUUAAGUUGGAUCCCAAAAUGACUCAUAAGAAGUUGAAGAUCUCCAAUGAUGGAUUGCAGAUGGAGAAGGAUGAAAGCUCUCUGAAGAAGAGCCAUACUCCAGAGAGGUUUAGUGGCACAGGGUGCUAUGGGGCAGCAGGAAAUAUAUUCAUUGACAGUGGCUGCCACUAUUGGGAGGUGGUCAUGGGUUCCUCAACAUGGUAUGCAAUUGGUAUUGCCUACAAAUCAGCUCCAAAGAAUGAAUGGAUUGGCAAGAAUGCCUCCUCAUGGGUCUUCUCUCGCUGUAAUAGUAACUUUGUGGUGAGACAUAACAACAAGGAAAUGCUGGUGGAUGUGCCUCCGCAGUUGAAGCGUCUGGGUGUCCUCCUGGAUUAUGACAACAACAUGCUGUCUUUCUAUGACCCAGCUAAUUCUCUCCAUCUUCAUACUUUUGAUGUGACCUUCAUUCUUCCAGUUUGUCCAACAUUCACAAUCUGGAACAAAUCCCUAAUGAUCCUGUCUGGUUUGCCUGCCCCAGAUUUUAUUGAUUACCCCGAGCGGCAGGAAUGCAACUGCAGGCCUCAAGAAUCCCCCUAUGUUUCUGGGUUGAAAGCUUGUCAUUAAGUUUCAAGAGAGCAUGUAAUUCACUGACUCUCCAGUUCAGCAGUUUUUCCCCUCCUAAACCUAAGUUAGCAUUCAAUAUAUGAGAUACAAAAUAAAGUUCGUUUGAAGCAUCCCAAAUAACUAGAUAUUGUAGAUUUAAUUUUUGUGCAUCAAAGCUUGUAUUUGAAUU